CCAUAGAGGCAAAAGAAAUCAAGGUGGGGAGUAGACGGAGGCCUUCUCAGCGAGACCAAUAAAAAAGCAGCCGGAAGGGUCGCGCGACACGCUGGUGGAGCAGGCGCUCAUGGGAUCUGUAGGCCGCAGGCCGCAAAAAAGGAAUUUGGGUGAAGCGCUGCACUGGGAGAAAAAACAACGAAUCCCGGCAGAUCGCGCGGCGAGCGACGCGUGAUCGUCAUUUCCGGCCCGGCUUGCUGGGAGGCCCAGAGGUGGGGAGCAGACAACCAGGCGCUUGGCGGUGCAGGAGCUGGACUCUGGCUGGGAGAAGGCGGGGGAGCCACCAUGUGCCGGGGGGCCGCGCUUGGGCCGGCCGCCUCCUCCCCCCGCCACUCCCCCGCGUCAGCAACUGGUAUUCAGAGGCAAGCUGUCUCCAACAGAAGAGAGUAGGACUUACCCAUCCAACUUGGUGGCCAUCACUCCUUCCUGGAGCUAGGGCACUGUUGCUGGAUAGGUGCUUCUGCAGAAAGAGAGCUUGUCUUCUUCCAAAGAGGCAGCGUUUAGAACAUUCAAAUGUGGGGUUAGAUUAUGAGCGCCAGUAAGAACACCCGCUACAAUCGUUUCCCCAGUGGUACAACAAACUGUGCUGCUUCAGAAAACACUAACGGGACCAGAAUGGAGACAACUUUUGGGCCUGCUUUUUCUGCAGUGACUACCAUCACCAAAGCGGACGGGAGUAGUACGUUCAAACAGCAUCGCCGGACACCCUCCUCUUCCAGCACGCUCACCUAUUCCCCUCGCGAUGAGGACGAUGGCAUGUCCCAGUUUCUGGUUGCCUGCUUUUGUUCCCUUCACUUCAACACCACUAAGAAGGUGCUCCUCUGCACAUCAAUCCUAUGCUGUGUGAAAUGGAAUCCACCAAUCAGCACUCCACGCCGGUCUGACUCUGCCAUCUCAAUCCGCUCGUUGCAUUCAGAGUCCAACAUGUCCCUGCGCUCAACUUUCUCUCUCCAUGAGGAAGAGGAAGAGCCAGAGCCGCUGGUGUUUGCUGAGCAGCCCUCAGUGAAGCUCUGCUGCCAGCUGUGUUGCAGUGUGUUUAAAGAUCCAGUAAUCACGACCUGUGGGCACACAUUUUGCAGAAGAUGUGCCUUAACCUCUGAGAAGUGCCCGGUGGACAACGCCAAACUGACUGUGGUGGUCAACAACAUUGCUGUUGCUGAGCAAAUUGGGGAGCUCUUCAUUCACUGCAAGUACGGCUGCCGGCCCGCUGCUAGUGGCAAGCCUCCUGCCUUUGAGGUGGACCCUCACGGGUGCCCCUUCACCAUUAAACUGAGUGCCAGAAAGGACCAUGAAAGCAGCUGUGAUUACAGGCCUGUUCGCUGCCCCAACAACCCCAGCUGCCCGCCACUUCUCAAGAUGAACCUGGAAGCGCACCUCAAGGAGUGUGAGCACAUCAAGUGCCCCCAUUCCAAAUAUGGGUGUACAUUCAUAGGAAACCAAGACACAUACGAGACCCACUUGGAAAUGUGCAAGUUUGAGGGCCUGAAGGAGUUCCUCCAGCAGACAGACGAUCGCUUCCACGAGAUGCAGGUGGCCAUGGCACAGAAGGACCAGGAGAUUGCUUUUCUGCGCUCCAUGCUGGGCAAGCUCUCGGAGAAGAUCGACCAGCUGGAGAAGAACCUAGAGCUGAAGUUUGAUGUCCUGGACGAGAAUCAGAGCAAGCUGAGUGAGGAUCUGAUGGAGUUCCGGAGAGACGCUUCCAUGUUGAACGAUGAGCUGUCCCACAUCAAUGCCCGGCUGAACAUGGGAAUCUUGGGCUCAUACGACCCCCAGCAGAUCUUCAAGUGCAAAGGCACUUUUGUUGGUCACCAGGGCCCUGUCUGGUGCCUGUGCGUCUACUCCAUAGGGGACUUGCUCUUCAGCGGUUCUUCAGACAAGACGAUUAAGGUGUGGGAUACCUGUACCACAUACAAGUGCCAAAAAACCUUGGAAGGCCAUGAUGGGAUAGUCCUGGCUCUCUGCAUCCAGGGGAAUAAGCUGUACAGUGGCUCUGCUGACUGCACCAUCAUUGUCUGGGAUAUUCAAACCUUGCAGAAAGUUAACACUAUCCGGGCCCAUGACAAUCCUGUCUGCACGCUGGUCUCGUCACACAACAUGCUUUUCAGUGGCUCCCUAAAAGCCAUCAAGGUCUGGGACAUCGUGGGCACUGAGCUGAAGCUGAAGAAGGAGCUGACGGGCCUUAACCACUGGGUCCGUGCGCUGGUGGCAUCCCAGAAUCACCUCUACAGUGGCUCCUACCAAACGAUCAAGAUCUGGGACAUUCGGAACUUGGAGUGUGUACAUGUCCUGCAGACGUCGGGUGGGAGCGUCUACUCUAUCGCUGUCACCAACCACCACAUUGUCUGCGGCACCUAUGAGAAUCUCAUUCACGUGUGGGACAUUGAGUCCAAAGAGCAGGUGCGUACCCUGACGGGACACGUGGGCACCGUGUAUGCCCUAGCGGUCAUCUCCACGCCAGACCAAACCAAAGUCUUCAGCGCUUCUUAUGACCGGUCAUUGCGGGUAUGGAGCAUGGAUAACAUGAUCUGCACUCAGACUCUGCUACGCCACCAGGGCAGCGUCACAGCACUGGCUGUCUCUCGGGGUCGCCUGUUUUCUGGUGCUGUUGACAGCACGGUUAAGGUUUGGACAUGCUAGUGGGUGCCACUGCCUGCUUGUGGACGGCAGACUACCAAAUAAUCCUCCGGCUCACACAUGUCGUCCUGCUUCCUUGCACUCCAACGCCCUUCCCACUGUGCACGCCAGCCGUGAGUGAGCUUCACAACCCACGUACCUCAGCACUGCCACCCCUGACGCAGCAGGCCCUGUCCCAAGCAGGGCUGUUUGGAGAUAAAGCUCGCAAGACCACAUCACAGCGGCACCGUUUCUGAUGGAACAAGUAGGGCACUGCAGCCUCAAGACAGCAGCGUUUGGGUGAAGUGGGAUUAGAUCGAUGAUCCAGGUGUGAGCACCCACAAUGCACCUUUGCCAACAGCAGUGCCAGAGCCAAGGAUUGGGGGUGACGGGCGGAAGACCCCUCUCUUCUGGCAUUUAAAUGUAUCUGCUAAGCUCUUUCAUUUGUGCCCACCGCCAAUGAUAAAGACCAGUUUUCCCCUCAUGUAACCAGGUACGAUUUUUAUGUCUCAAAGAUUCCCAUCCCUCGCAUCAGGUACCGCAAGGCCAUCCAUUCACAGCAUCAUGUCAUAACGGCACCAAGCCCCCAAUGGUUUAAAACAAAAACAGGGAGAGCCCACUGUUGUGUUUUUACUGACAUUUUCUACUGUUUUUAAGAUUGUGAUAUAGAUUUGGAUUAUUUCUUCCUUGACAAUAAAAAUGGACCAUUGUUUUA